CGGCUGCGGAGAGGCGAGCCCCGAGCGAGUGCGCGGCGAGGCGGGCCGCAGGGAGGCAGGCGCGAAGUGGGCGCGAGGGUGGCCGCGGGAGGGAGCCGCCGCCCCUGCCCGCCCGGAUCCCUGCGGGGCGCAUGGGGCGCUUCGAGCCGGGAGCGCACGCGGGCCCCGGGCCCCGCUUCCUGCUGCCGUGAGCAGCCGCGCCGGGAAGCCCCGAGACCCCGAGCCGCCGGGAGGAUGACCAUGGCCGGGGGCAGGAGGGGACUGGUGGCCCCGCAGAACACGUUUCUGGAGAACAUCGUCCGGCGGUCCAAUGACACUAAUUUUGUGUUGGGGAACGCGCAGAUAGUGGAUUGGCCUAUCGUGUACAGCAAUGAUGGAUUUUGCAAGCUCUCUGGCUAUCACAGGGCAGAAGUUAUGCAAAAAAGCAGUACCUGCAGUUUUAUGUACGGGGAGCUGACUGAUAAAGAUACAAUUGAAAAGGUGCGGCAAACAUUUGAGAACUAUGAGAUGAAUUCCUUUGAAAUUUUGAUGUACAAGAAGAACAGAACACCUGUGUGGUUCUUUGUGAAAAUUGCUCCAAUUCGAAACGAACAGGAUAAAGUGGUUUUAUUUCUUUGCACUUUCAGUGACAUAACAGCUUUCAAACAGCCAAUUGAAGAUGAUUCAUGUAAAGGCUGGGGGAAGUUUGCUCGGCUGACCAGAGCGCUGACAAGCAGCAGGGGUGUCCUGCAGCAGCUGGCUCCCAGCGUGCAGAAAGGCGAGAACGUGCACAAGCACUCCCGCCUGGCCGAGGUGCUGCAGCUGGGCUCAGACAUCCUUCCCCAAUACAAGCAAGAGGCACCAAAGACUCCCCCUCACAUCAUCUUACAUUACUGUGUUUUUAAGACCACGUGGGAUUGGAUCAUCUUGAUUUUAACCUUCUACACAGCCAUCUUGGUCCCUUACAAUGUCUCCUUUAAAACCAGGCAGAACAAUGUGGCCUGGCUGGUUGUGGAUAGCAUCGUGGACGUCAUCUUUCUGGUGGACAUUGUGUUGAAUUUUCACACCACCUUUGUUGGACCAGCUGGGGAGGUGAUUUCCGACCCCAAACUCAUCCGAAUGAACUAUCUGAAGACGUGGUUUGUGAUUGAUCUUCUGUCCUGUUUGCCAUAUGACGUCAUCAACGCUUUUGAGAACGUGGACGAGGGCAUCAGCAGCCUGUUCAGCUCUCUGAAAGUUGUCCGGCUGCUCCGUCUGGGGCGAGUGGCCCGGAAACUGGACCACUACAUUGAAUACGGAGCUGCUGUGCUGGUCCUACUGGUGUGUGUGUUCGGGCUGGCUGCUCAUUGGAUGGCCUGCAUUUGGUACAGCAUCGGGGACUAUGAGAUCUUCGAUGAGGAUACCAAGACCAUCCGCAACAACAGCUGGCUCUACCAACUGGCCAUGGACAUUGGCACCCCUUACCAGUUUAACGGGUCUGGCUCAGGGAAAUGGGAAGGUGGUCCCAGCAAGAAUUCUGUCUACAUCUCCUCGUUGUAUUUCACCAUGACCAGCCUCACCAGUGUGGGCUUUGGAAACAUCGCCCCAUCCACAGACAUCGAGAAGAUCUUUGCAGUGGCCAUCAUGAUGAUUGGCUCACUUCUUUAUGCCACCAUCUUCGGGAAUGUGACGACCAUUUUCCAACAGAUGUACGCCAACACCAACAGGUACCAUGAGAUGCUCAACAGCGUUCGGGACUUCCUGAAGCUCUACCAGGUGCCAAAGGGAUUGAGUGAGCGAGUCAUGGAUUAUAUCGUGUCCACCUGGUCCAUGUCCAGAGGCAUUGACACGGAGAAGGUCUUGCAGAUCUGUCCCAAGGACAUGAGAGCUGACAUCUGCGUGCACCUGAACCGCAAGGUGUUCAAGGAGCACCCUGCUUUCCGGCUGGCCAGCGACGGCUGCCUGCGGGCACUGGCCAUGGAGUUCCAGACGGUGCACUGCGCCCCGGGGGACCUCAUCUACCACGCAGGAGAGAGCGUUGACAGCCUCUGCUUCGUGGUCUCCGGCUCCCUGGAGGUGAUCCAGGACGACGAGGUGGUGGCCAUCCUAGGGAAAGGAGAUGUGUUUGGAGAUGUGUUCUGGAAGGAAGCCACCCUUGCCCAGUCCUGUGCCAACGUUAGGGCCCUGACCUACUGUGACCUGCACGUGAUCAAACGGGACGCCCUGCAGAAAGUGCUGGAGUUCUACACGGCCUUCUCCCACUCCUUCUCCCGGAACCUCAUUCUCACCUACAACUUGAGGAAGAGGAUCGUGUUCCGGAAGAUCAGCGACGUGAAGCGGGAAGAGGAAGAGCGCAUGAAAAGGAAGAAUGAGGCCCCCCUGAUCCUGCCCCCGGACCAUCCUGUCCGGAGACUCUUCCAGAGGUUCCGGCAGCAGAAAGAGGCCAGGCUGGCGGCCGAGAGGGGGGGCCGGGACCUGGAUGACCUGGACGUGGAGAAGGGCAGCGUCCUGGUGGAGCACGCCUCCGCCAACCACAGCCUGGUGAAGGCCAGCGUGGUCACGGUGCGCGAGAGCCCCGCCACGCCUGUGUCCCUCCAGACCUGCCCCCCGGGGGCGGGGGCGCCGGACCUCGCCAAGCUGCAUGCGCCCGGGUCCGAGUGCCUGGGCGCCAAGGCCGGCGACUGUGCCAAGCGCAAGGGCUGGGCCCGCUUCCGAGAUGCCUGCGGGAAGGGCGAGGACUGGAACAAGGUAUCCAAGGCCGAGUCCAUGGAGACGCUCCCCGAGAGGACCAAGGCGGCCGGGGAGGCCACACUGAAGAAGACGGACUCAUGCGACAGCGGCAUCACCAAGAGCGACCUGCGCCUGGACAACGUGGGCGAGGCCAGGAGCCCCCAGGACCGGAGCCCCAUCUUGGCCGAGGUCAAGCACUCCUUCUACCCCAUCCCCGAGCAGACGCUGCAGGCCAGCAUCCUGGAGGCCAAGCUGGAGCUGAAGGAGGACAUCAAGGCCCUGCACACCAAGAUGACCCACAUCGAGACACAGCUGGCCGAGAUCCUCAGGAUAUUAGCGUCCAGAAGGUCCUCCCAGUCCCCCCCGGAGCUGUUUGAAAUAUCCGGGCCCCACUCCCCAGAAUCGGGGAGAGACAUUUUCGGCGCCAGCUGAGAGGUCUGUUCAUGAACAGUUAGAGACAAAAACCGACCCCCCCGCCCUAGGCAACACCCCCACCACACACACCUACAUGAGCAGCAACUCUCAGAGCAGGCUCUUCCUGACAGAAAACCAAAGUGGGACCAGUUGCUUAGGCACACGCUCUCCUUCCGCCAAAGGCGUGGGGAGGAGAGUGUGCAUCGGAACUGUCUUUGCACAAUUUCGGAAGAGGGGGCAUGCGGUCUAAAGGGUGUUUCCCUUCAUUUUUAAUUUUUUACUGCCGUGAUAGUAGUAAAAGAUGAAAACUACCAGAAAAGAGCAGCCGCCAUUUGGACACUGGUGGGGGAGCAACGGGUCUGGCUCCUUCUCCCAGUCCCCAAAGACUGUGGUGGGCACAGGACUUCCCAGCAUUCCCUGUCCUUGUACAGCCUGUGUCUGGCGUCACCGUCUAUUUUCCUACAGUCGUCGUUUGUAACGAGCUCGGGACCAGGGGAGUUGGAGGGACAGGUGGGGGAGCGCCUUUCAACUUCCUGUCUCUAAUGGUUAAGGCCAAAAAGCAGCUGAGGUGCUGUGGGUGCAUCCCACAGACACAGAGCCGGGACUCCCCUGGCUCCUUUCUCCAAAGAGGUGGACCAAGCGUCAGAGCUGGAGAGGGGCCCUUGGGAUCCAGGGAUUCUCCGCAGCUGGCUCCUAAGGAUGUUCCGAGGGGAGGGCUCUGGGGGCCCCAGAUGAAUUUUGGCCUUGCUUCAUGCCACUGGCCUCAUCACCAGGCCCCUUUGCUUCUUGUCCUUCUCCACCUCUCCCCGCGUGCUCCUGUGGCAUUCCUCAGGGUAUGGGACAUCGGCAGGAAGGGUGAUGAGCCCAGAGUUGCUUCAUUAGCCAAGCAGACACACAUAACCUCAGAAAAAUGAUUGUAGCAAGUGCUCUGUUUCUAUUAUCAUUCUCAUUGGGAUUGCCCUUCAGAAGUCUGGAUUUUUUCCGCUGCAUGGGGUCGUUCUAGGACACGUAGGAGCCAGGCUUGGCCUUAUUUUAAAGCUACUCUCUUUACCUCCUACUAGAGUCAGUAGGACUUCAAAAAGAUUGCAGGGCCAUGAUGGUCCUCGCUUCCGGAGCUGGGAAAAGAGAACGGGGCAGUGGGUUUUCCAGAAGUCUGUGAGGUGGUAGAGAGAGGUGGCCGUGGAGCCAUGGUCCGUAGGGAAGGUCUGAGCUCAGAAUGAUGAUCGUGGGGCCGCCUGUGGGACAUCCAAGUCCCUGUGCCACCAUCCUCGGGGACUCUCCACUGCUUCCUACGACCUGGGGCAGGUCAUUCCUGUGCUUGGGCUGCUGUCAUCGGUGUCUGGAAAGGCAAGAGAAGAGUUCCCUCCCAAGCAAAGUGGGGCUCGCCCAGGUGUCGGCCCUGCAGAGAGGAACCAGGACCCUUAAAAACUGACAAGCAAGGUUGGAAGUUGAGUUCUAAGAACUCAGCUCUGGGAGAGUGAGGCCGGCAUGCAGGUGGUCUGGCCUGUGAGUGACAGCAUGGCGUGCCAGGGCCCUGGCCUCUGAGCCUGCUACGCUGCGGCAGCCCUCUUAGCGCCUGUGCCCGCAGUGCCUUGCUACAGAGAACCUGGACCCCAGCGCUGGUUUCCCUGGGACUGAGGGGACCCGACAGGUCAGGACCUGCCCCAGCAGAGAUAGUCAGUGGCCGUGGCGUGACCCAGGACUUGGCCCUCAGUCAUCUGGGCAGAGUGGAGCUGUCCUCUCCUGGCUCCCAGGGUUGGCACAGACGGCCCUGGGCAGCCAAGUCUGGAGGUCAAGGCCAGGGACCUUCCCCAGGGGUCCCGCACUCUCACGUGAGGCUUACAGGGGUGGCCCCAGGCUUCCCGAGGCUGAGAAAUGAUUAGAUUGAACCUCAGAUGGAAGCCUAGAGAGAAGAGGAAGUGAGAUUUCCUGAGGCCGAGUCAUGAUGGUUUGUGAUCCUGGGUAAAACCACGGGCUCUCAGCUUCUUUAAGUUGAGAAGCUGCCAAUGAGUCCUUGGGCCAGAGGCUAUAAAAUAUCCAGAAUCCCAUCUAUCAGCUUUUCCAGAAACGUUCUGGCUUGCCUUUCCUUAAACAUGCUCCUCACCUGCUGGAAUCCCAAAGGUUCGGGGCUGCUGCAUUUAAAGGAGGCACGGGCCUGACCACUAGCAGCCAGCUUCAGACGCACCUGCCCACUCUCCAGGCCCCCGCCCAGCCCUUCCACCUCCUGUCAUCUCCGCCUGAGGGGCACAGGUGUCCAUUCAGAAAUGACUCCCCAUCUGGGUCUGAGGGGCUAAGAUGCUGAUGCCUGAGGCUCUGAAGCCCAGACUUGUUUCGGGGGAAAUGAAGCUUCAUGAAUGCGCUCCUAGGAUUGCCCCUUAGGACUCAAACUGGGCUUGACUGGAAGCCCAGGCCUGUUCAUCUUGAGGUCACAGGGCCCACGGCACGUGACAGCGAGAGCACACGUGUCUGUAUAUGCUUUUGUUCUCCAUUUAAGGGUUUUAGGGACUUUUGCUGUAAUUGUUUUCUCGGGGCGGGGGGGCGAUUUUUUAAAUGAGCCAAACCUUCUCUUCUUUCAUGUUUAUGACAUGCACUGGGUCGGAGGCUGCUUUGUGCUAACCACCUGCGCUUGCCUGAACGCUGCUCUGGGUUCCCAGUAAGGACCGAGAGCUUCACAUCCCAAGCAAUGACUGAACCUUCCCCUGUAAACCAUGCCAUGACCCUCCGAAGGCCUGAGAAAAGGGAGCGUUUUAAGAGGGUUAGUGGGUAAGGUUUUAGCACUAGAGGAGAGGAGCCUUCUGCUAAAGCAGCGGUUCUCAACCUGUGGGUCGCGACCCCUUUGGUGGUCGAACGACCCUUUCACAGGGGUCACCUAAGACCAUCCUGCAUAUCAGAUAUUUACAUUACGAUUCAUAACAGUAGCA